AUGUACAAGCAUGAAGUCGUUUUAUUCAUUUGGAUUAUGCUUAUUUAUUCAUUGGAUAUUGUACACCAUACUUUUAGUGAAAGUAUUACUGAUCAAAGUUAUAAUCAUAAAUAUAACCGAAAGCAUGAAUCAAUUAAUUUGAUUAACGGGCUAUGGAUUAGCAAAAAUAAUGACAAUAUUUUGAGUAAUAAUACUAAACAAAUGUUGGGUAGUAAGAAAAUUUAUUUUGUUAAAACACCAACAAAUAUCACAGUACAAGAACAUGCGAAACAUAUUCGUUUUGACUGUCAAAUAAAUGAAAGGGUUAAUAUUUUAUCAUACAAAUGGUUAAAAAAUAAAGUAGAUAUAAAUCUACAACCAGAUAUUCAACAUCGUUAUCAAAUUUUACAAAAUGGUAGUUUAUAUCUUACGCAAAUUAAUCGUAAUGAUACUGGGAUCUAUACAUGUCAAGUAGCUUUCAAAUAUUCAAACAGUCAACAUAAUUACAUGAAACCUUUGGCAACUGAACAGAAUGACAAUAAUCAAAGACAAAUUGAUUUCAUAUCUGAAUAUUUACGCAAUCGUGAACAUGGAUAUAAUGAAGAACAUGAAAAAGUGAAACAGAAUUUAGAAGCAUCUGCCUGGUUAAAUGUUCAAUACAUUCCAAAUAUUCAACUUAACAACUCUAUAAAUCCAAUAUAUUUGGGUAGAAAUGGUCCAGGACGUAUUCCAUGUAUUGUUGAUGCAACACCUUCUAUUGAUUUAAUUGAAUGGCGUAAAUUAGUAAAUUCAUCAAUAAAAGCAUAUUCUAAUGUAAUAAUUAAUAAUUUUCAACAAAAUUCUAAAACUAUGGGUACAAUUUUACCAGUUGAACAACUUUUAAGAGAUGAGAAUACCAGUUCAUCUUUCACUAUUUAUUGGUAUGAAUGGGAUAAUGUAAAAGAAAAUGAUGGUGGAUUUUAUCAAUGUCGAGCUCGUAAUACAAUUGGAUGGAGUUCAUGGUCUCCAAAACUACAAGUAAUUGUAAACGAACUACCUCGAUUUAUAAGGAAGCCAAAAUCAGUUGAGUUCGUAAAGAGUAAUAUGCCGUUAAUAUUACCAUGUGAAGCCUACGGACAACCUAAACCAAUAAUUCAAUGGUUUUAUAGUAAAUUAAACCAACUAUGGAGUAAUUCAUCAAAAUCUGUUAUGAUCACGAGUCUAAACAAGCAGACACAGAAGAUGGGAACGGAGAAUAUUGUAGUAGACCAAGAAUAUGGUGAUUGUGAUAGAGAAGAUAUUACUGAACAAGUUGAAAACUGUAUAUUCAAUACUACUGAUCAUGGUAUCCAGUAUCCAUUUCAAAAAGACCGGACAAUUAAUAAAAGAUCAAUCUUAAGUGUCGAUUUGCCAGGUGGUGUGAACAAAAUGCCAGAUGGAAGUCUUCUUAUAUACACUUGUAAUGCGUCAAAAGUAACUGGACAUUAUUUUUGUAUUGCUAAAAAUUCUAUUGGUCAUAUUAUAACAUCAGUGGAAUUAAAGCAAGAUCUAAAAAUGCAGCUAUAUGAUAGAUUUUUUAAUAACAUUAUGUUGCAUGUCAAACCUUUAAUAUACUCUGCAAUAUUAUCUUGGAAUAAAAUGAAACAACCCGCUACGUUGCAUUCGGGUACUACUUUUGACACCAUCGGCAAACAAUGUUAUUACGUAACAUAUCAUUCACCGGUUCGGUCAGGUGAUGAAUGGAUCACAACUGUUGUACAACCAGAAUACACUAGUCGAAUAAGGUUAAAUGGACUUAUUCCAGAUGAACUAUAUGCAUUCCGAAUAAGUCAUUGGUGUACACCAUCGAACUAUAAUCACUCGAGUAGUUCUACAGUACUAAUUAGAACUGGAUUACCAUUAGAUCAAAAUACUGGAUUAAUUUUAACGAAUAACAAUACCCAUUAUUUAGAGUUUGAACACGAUACAGACUCAUCUAAACCACCGUCGCCACAAUCAUUAAAACUACAAAUAACUCAAACUGAACGGUAUAACAGCAUUCUAACAUGGAAAUUUCAAGGGAAUCCACAAACUUCAUCACUUCAUCUAAAUGUUCAACAGAAAAGCAAUGAAUUGUCGGAGCAAAUUUCAUAUUUCCAGGUAGAAUUCAUUGUAUGCACAAGUUCCCAAACGCAUCUAUUUGGAAUUAGUAAUUGUACAGAUGGUAAAAAUUAUAUAUAUCGGUGGAAGUCCUUAGCACCAGUACGCUAUCCCAAAUUAACUCUUGAAUUAAAUCAUGAUAAUGAAAUGUUUUUGUUGGAAAGUAACAACAGAAAUGAAGAUCUAACAGUUGACAGUGAUGCAUUCAGAACAAUUGUUGAAUACAAUGAAUUAAACUCAUUUUUAACUAAUUUAUACUACAAUUCAUUGGUGUAUGAAUUGAGGUUUCGUGUAAAAUCUUUCGGCUUAAUGUCAGUUAGUGAACCGUCCAAUGAGUUAAUCAUUAAACACCCUUUAUUACCAUCCAUCUUAAAUGCAUUAAAUCAAACUCUUUAUUAUGAACGUUAUCUUAUUUAUAAAACAAUUCAACAAGUACAUUAUGAAACUUAUGAAAAUUCAGCUUAUUAUCCUUCUUCUUCUUCAGAUACAUCAAAAACUCAUCAAGUAAUGGAUAAACAAAAUACAAAUUUAGUAAAUAUGUGGAAUACUGAUGAUGUAACAAAAGAGAUAGAUCAUAAUUUACCAGACAAACAUUAUGCACUGAUGACGCCUGAAAUUUCGAGAUCUGAAGUUCCGGACCCCUUACAUCAAACAAUGAUAAAAUAUACAUUGAAUGAACCGGAAACCAUGGUACCAUGUAAAUGUUCACAACUUUCUAGCUUAACACUAUACUCACCAUGUCCAAAUCAUAUGUCAUCAACAAUAUCUUACACCCCAACCAAGUGCUAUUGUACUGAUCAAGUUCAAACAAUUCAUUGUACAGAACAACAGCAUCAAUGUAACUCUAAUUUAAUGAAUUAUUCAUUACCACCAAGAUCAAUUCCAGAAACAAUAUUUGUAGUUAAAAAGUAA